AUGCUCGCCAGCUUCACGCAGCACCUCGGCGCGUCGCAGAGGGUCCUGGCCCUGCUGGGCGCCGGACUGUCCGCCUCGUCCGGGAUCCCGACGUACCGCGGCCCCGGCGGGUUCUGGACGACGUACUCGGACCAGCAGCUCGCCACGCCGGGCGCCUUCAGGUCGGAUCCGUGUCUUGUGUGGCAGUUCUACGAGCACAGGCGGGAGCAGGUCCUGGCGGCACAGCCCAACGCGGCACACUUUGCUCUGGCGAGGCUGGCGAGUCUCAAGCCUGGAUUCCUUGCGGUGAAUCAGAAUGUAGAUGGUCUCUGCCAACGAGCUGGCCAUCCAUCGGAGCAAAUUGUCAACUACCACGGAUCCCUGUUUCGAGUGCGAUGUGUUGACGAAAGCUGCGAUUAUAAGGCUGAUGACUAUAAUGUCCCCAUCGUGCCAGCCCUGCAACAACCUCCUCCCUCUUCACCCUCUCAGAAGAACACAGACGACGCCAGAUUCCCACUCAAUGACAACAUCAGCGUCCAAGACCUCCCGCACUGCCCCCGUUGCAAGACGAAUCUGCUCAGGCCGGACGUCGUGUGGUUCGGCGAGGGUGUCCCAGAAGAGAACGCCGCGAGGGUAGAGGAAUGGCUCAGCCAGAGUGAUUCAUGUGAUUUGAUGCUGGUCAUUGGAACAUCGGCCAUGGUGCGUCCUGCUGCCGGUUAUAUACAGAAGGCGAGACAGCGAGGCGCUCGGAUCGCCUUUUUUAACCUGGAGGUGAAGGAGGCCGGUGUGGCAAGGCCAGAGGAGGCUGACUGGUCUUUUGUUGGAGACGCGGCCGAGAUGCUUCCUAUGGCGCUGGCCAAAUUUCUCAAAGACAAUGGGGCGACCAUUUGA